CUGGGCCAGAAAAAUGUGGAAAUGAUGGAGGAUCUGCAGGACCUCGCAAAACUCUAUGCUGACCAGUCCAGUUGCGUCGUUGUGUUUGUCAGUAGCGAGGGAACAGUGCCACGCAUGAUGAUGCAACGAUCAUCUUGGUCACGCGCUGAUCAACAACCCAUUUUCAUCGGAGAUCUAACUGACGAAGAGGCACUCACUUACCUCCGCAAACUUAACAUUGAGGAAAAGGACGCCAAUCAACUCAUCGAACUCUUAGGUGGCCGGAUUAAGGAUCUCAAGACAUAUGGUUAUUGGAUACAAGAAGGCAAGACAUUGAAAGAGGUUCGUAAAAUGGUGUUCUAUUCCGUCGAAAACGACUUUCAUCAGGCUCAAAUAAUGAAGGGCGAAGUAAAUCAUGCCAUUGGCAACGUCAUCGUUGAGGAGUUGGUAAAAAAUGAAAAAAUCGAGUAUAGUGAAUUCAUUGAGCUCGUCAACAACAAAGAAAUAGCCGAUAAACUGAUACAAGCCAAUGUUUUCUCAUAUAACCCGGAAAACAAUUUCGUCACCUUCCAGUCUCGCGCAAAAGAAAUUUUUGUGAAAGAAAAUCCGAGAGGAGUUUUCUCUUACUCAAAGCAAUGA